AGAGACAACCUCUGCCAAAGAUUUCUCCAGACUCUGAUUUCUCUUUGAUGAAACGCGCAUUAACGUUAUUAUUUGUGUUCUAUGAUUAACAAUUCAAAAGUUCGAAAUAUUUGAAAUUUUAAAACGUGGUGAAAUUUUAUUUGCUUCACAAAUCAAAUAUAAGUAAAUAAGGAAAUGGAUAAUAAGAGCAUAUGCAAUAAGCGAACAGCUAAUUUCUCCAGCAGUGAAGAAAAAUUGCUCAUUUUCCUAAUCAAAAAGUACGCGCUUGUUAUUAGAAAUAAAAAAACGGACAGCGUAAGCAAUAAAAAAAAAACAGCUGCAUGGGUGGAAAUUGAAAAAGAGUUCAAUGAUGCUGGUGGUGAACCGUACAGAAGUUCAUUGAUUCUGAAAAACAAAUAUUUAAACUUGAAAAAAACGUCUCUACAAAAAUUUGCCGAAGAAAAAAAGCAAACUUACUCUACAGGUGGUGGUCAAUCUGUAAGAGAUAAUGAGAUUGAUGGCAGUAUAGAAGAAAUAAUUGGUAUUCGAAUGACAGGCUCUGUUUCUGAAUUUGAUAACGAUAUCAUAGUUGAAGAUUUAUCUGAUUAUGAAGAAGACAAGAUAAAAAGCCUUAGCAGUACCAAUAGUUUAGAUGAAGGGGAGUCCUUUGUAAUAAAUGCAGAAGAAAGCCAGUGGUCGAUAAACAACAUUGAGAUUCCUAUAGAUGUGAGGAAAAGAGACAUCACAUCGAGGACCGAAUGGUUACAGAAGAAACAGGAUACCCUGACAAUUCAACAGAAAUGUUUAAUCGAUGAGUGCAAUCAGAAAUUGCAGCACCUCCAAGAGAUACACGAUCAGAAACUGAGGCACACUGAGGAGAGCCAUAGGCAGAAAAUUCGAAUGGACCAGGAGGAACAUGACAUGAAAAUGUCGAUAUUGAAAUUGCAAAGGCAGAAGCUAUUAAAUGAAUUAUCUUAAAUAAUUGUUCAUUGUUUUUUCAUUAAAGAAGAAGAACUACUUUCUGUAUGCUCUAUGGUUAAGUAGAUCGACUUUGAACUCUAUGGUUCCCAUAGAGUUCAAUGUAUAUUAUGUUCUGUGUGCUAACCUAUCAGUUAAAUUUUUAUGGACUGAAUGAGAAAAUAAAUAAUCCAAGAUUGAUAAUAACAAUUAUUUAUUUAUACCAACUGAAACUACCAGCCUUGCACAGUGGAGACUGAUACCAAUCUAUCUCUCUUGAAAACUCCACGCAUUAAAAAAAAAAUACAUAAAUACAGUUCUAAAUUUUCACUGGUUUUUUUUACGAGUAGAAAAAUGAAUAUGGGUGAAAUAAAUGAUAAGAGAAGAGGUACAUAUUACGUAUAAUGAGGGAAUAUACAUAUAUAUAAUAUUGAAUUAUAUCAUUGAGUAUUAACCCUUCAAUACUCAAUGUAUUAUAUACAUGUUAUAUGUAAAGUUGGAAAAACAUUUUAUUGAUGAAAACGGAAUUUACUGAUAACUAGAUAACCGAAAUGGAAGAAAGCAGAACGAUUUCCUUAAUUGGGGAAGUCCAUGAAAACCAGUGUUUAUAUGCCUCUUCUACAAAAGAAAUGCCACAAAUCGUAGAUACACUGAUAAAUAACAAUGAAGUGGCUCAUUUAGAGAAGUAUGAAUUCCAUGAAUAUGACAGAGCUGAUAGGCAUUGUGAAAAGGGGUUUAAUAUAAUCUAUAAUGAUGCAAAGUGUGAAGAUAAAUUAGGAGUUGAUGUAUAUGAACAAUUUAUAGAUGAAAAAAAAGUUCACGAAAGAGCAGAGUAUAUAGUUAAGUCUGAAGAAAGUACCUCAAAUUGCUCAGUUAAGGAAAUUGAUGCUAAUCAAUUAUCGUCUGCCUCUUUCAUUGAAGAAAUGCCCAAAAUUUUCGAUCCACCAAUGAUUAAUUCAUCCACUGUAUUUGAAAAUCACAUUCAACAUGAUAACGCUUCUAAUCCGAAAGACAUCAAGAAAGUUCCUAAAAAAUUUGUUCCUUUGAUUGUUGAGGUACACAAGUGUGACUUAUGUGAGUUUGUUACAAAAAGAAAAAGCUACCUUAAAAGGCAUGUUGACGGUGUUCAUUCGAAUAUCAAGAAACAUCAGUGUCAUCUAUGCGAAUAUGUUACCACUAGAAAACAUAACAUCAAGAGACAUGUCAACACUGUUCAUCUGAAUAACAGAAAACACAAGUGUGACCUCUGUGAAUUUGCCUCAGAUGAUACUUCGAAACUUCAACUACACAUAAGGUCUGUUCAUUUGAAAAUUAAGGAACAUAAAUGUGAUUUGUGUGAAUUUAUUACAAGUGAAAAAGGUACUCUUCAGAGGCAUGUCGACAUUGUGCAUUUGAAAAUCAGGAAAUAUAAGUGCCACUUUUGCGACUAUGCCGCAAGUAGGAAAAAUGACCUUCUAAAGCAUAUCGACUCAGUUCAUUUGAAUCUCAGAACAAGUAUUUGUCACUUGUGUGACUAUGCUGCUACUAGUACUAAAACCCUUCAAACGCACAUAAAAUCUAUUCAUUUGCGAAUAAAAGAAUACAAGUGCCAUCUAUGUGAAUAUGCCGCUAAUUUGAAAGCAAACCUUCAAACACAUAUAGAUUCUGUUCAUUUCCAUAUUAAAAAUCAGAAGUGUGAGUUGUGCAAGUAUGUUACAUAUAGAAAAGGGGACCUUAAAAUGCAUGUCAACUCCGUACAUUUGAAUAUCAAGAAACAUAAAUGCCACUUGUGUGAAUUUGCUGCAGUUCGGAAACUUAGACUUGAUAUGCACAUCAAAAAAGUCCAUUUCAAAAUUUAUGACCAAAAGUGUCAACUGUGCGAUUAUAAGACAAAUAAAAAAGAUGACUUGAAGAAACAUAUGAAUUCUGUUCAUAAAAAACAAGAACCACGAGUGUCGUCUACAUGAAUUCGCUGUAAGAAUAGUAACCUUGAAACACCUGUGAAAGUUGUUCAUUCGAAAAUUAUUGUCAAGAAAAAUUAUGUUGGCUCUGUGCCUAUUAUUAAUUUUCUCGAAAUCGAAUUUAUUUUGAAGUUUUCAAUAAAGGAUAAAUGCUU